UGCAUCUAAACCUUAACCAAAAACAAAUCUCAUUAGAUCGUAAUACCUUUACAAAAGGUUACCAUUUACACUCUUUUGUCAUUCAUGCUAGCGGUGCUGGAUUGAAAAUGGAAAACAGGCAGAAAUUCUGGGUCCAGAACAAAGAGGAAACUUGGGAUUACUGCCACAUAGUGAACGAAAAUGUGGAAAAGGGCACUGCGGAAGUCGCGUUAGAAGGUAAAGAUGGCGCUACCAUAACUGUUGACAGAGCAUCCUUGUUUCCGUGUAAUCCCAAAGACACUGAAGACGCCGACGAUUUGACGACACUUACUCAUCUCAACGAGCCUUCUGUAUUGUCGUCUAUUUGCAAACGUUAUGAGAAGCAAAAAUUCUACACUUACUCUGGAAUUGUUCUCGUUGCAUUAAAUCCUUACCAAGCUCUUCCCGGACUCUAUGACGAUUCCGUCAUUUCACAAUAUUUAAAGCAUUCUAAGUCUAAAAGCGAGCCGCAUCUCUAUUCCAUUGCGAGUAAGUGUUACCGGAGUCUAGUAAACACUUCUAAGAACCAGACAAUCAUCGUGUCCGGCGAAUCAGGUGCUGGUAAAACUGUUUCAGCCAAGUAUAUCAUGCGUUUUAUGACUUCAAUGCAACCCAAGCAUAAACAUGCUCCCAAUCUUGUUAAGCGUUCUGUGGAGUCUCAAGUUUUGGCGACUAAUCCUAUCAUGGAAGCUUUUGGUAACGCAAAGACUACCCGUAACGAUAACUCUUCUCGCUUCGGAAAAUACAUUGCUAUCAUGUUCAACGAGAAAAAUGCUAUUUCUGGUGCAAGAAUAAGCACUUACCUCCUUGAACGCUCAAGAUUGGUGACACAGCCGUCUAACGAGCGGAACUACCAUAUCUUUUAUCAGUUGCUUGCUGGUUGUUCUGACAGUCAAAAAGAAGCCUGGUGUCUGGGGAACGUCGAAGAUUUUCACUACUUAAAUCAAGGAAACUGUGUUAGUAUUGAAAAUGUUGACGACAAGGAGAACUUCCGUCUUACGUGUUCUGCACUUCAAACUAUCGGUAUAGAUCCUGAACAACAAGAAGAAGUUUAUCAGAUGCUCGUCGCUAUCCUGCAUCUUGGCAACGUCCACAUUAGAAGCAAUCGGUCUGAGGCCAGCGUUGAUGCAGACGAUGCCUCCUUGACUCUUUCCUCAAAACUCUUUGGAUUAGAUUCAUCUCAGUUGGCGAAAUGGAUCACCAAGAGACAGAUUAGGACCAGAUCGGAGUCUAUUACUACGAACCUUACGCCUGAACAAGCUAUCACUGUCCGUGACUCAAUUUCCAAGUUUUUCUAUUCUUCCUUAUUUACUUGGUUAGUCCACAUGAUCAACGUAUCGCUUGACUAUACUAAAGCGCAGCGGGAAGCAAAAAAAUAUGUUGGUGUAUUGGAUAUUUACGGCUUUGAGUUUUUUGACCAAAAUUCCUUCGAGCAAUUUUGCAUUAAUUAUGCUAACGAAAAACUACAACAAGAAUUCACAAAGCAUGUGUUCCGUUUGGAACAAGAAGAAUACAUGAGCGAAGGCCUGACCUGGAACUUUAUUGAGUAUCCAGAUAACCAGGCAUGUAUUUCGUUGAUUGAAAGCCGUUACGGUAUUUUGUCUCUGUUGGAUGAAGAAUGCCGUCUCCCGUCUGGCACGCAUACAAGUUGGUUACAGAAACUCAACAAUUCCUACUCUAAGCAACCACAUUCUACUUACUAUAAAAAGUCCCGAUUCAACGAUUCUACUUUUACUAUUAAGCAUUAUGCUGUCGAUGUUACAUACACUAGCUCGGAAUUCUUAAGCAAAAAUAUGGACGGCAUUCCCGACCAAGUUUUGGAAUUGAUGUACGAGUCUACCAGUCCAAUGGUACGUCAUAUGGUUGAUGUCGCUGAAGGAGCAAGUACUGCGAAGAAUUCAACAAAGUCUACUUCACUUUCGAGAAAACCCACGCUUGGAUAUACUUUCAAAACAUCCCUCCUGAAGCUUAUGGAAACCAUUAACGAUACUGAAGUGUAUUACAUUCGGUGUAUAAAGCCAAAUGAGACCAAAACUGCCUGGGGACUUGACGAAAAGUUGGUUCUUUCACAACUUCGCGCAUGCGGUGUUCUUGAAACUAUCCGAAUAUCUACUGCUGGAUUCCCAACCAAACGAACCUUCUCUGAAUUUGUUAAGCAGUAUAAGAUGCUCUUACCCAGCAGUCAAUUAGCCCAAGAUGAAAAAGAAAUAUGUGCGGCGAUUGUUAAUAAGCUCAUCGAUAGUGACUCCAAUACCUUUCAAAUUGGGCGAACAAAACUGUUUUUCCGUGCCGGCGUUAUAGCAGAAUUUGAGAAGGCGCGUGAAAAAAGAUUGAACGAGGCUGCUGUACUCUUGCAGUCUAAACUUCUUACUCGCGUGUUCCGGAAGCGUUUCCUUGAAAUCCGUUCGGCUGUCGUUUCCCUUCAAUCUGCAAUACGUGGCUACCUUAAACGACAGGAGGUUGAGAAAAUCAGGAGGGAUAAUGCUGCUUUGUUGCUACAGAGCAAAUGGAGAAUGUUUAUCCAACGAAGAUGGUACCUUCAGGUUAAGGACUCAAUUGUUUUAACUCAAUCUGCUAUUCGUCGUUUUAUGACUAUGAGAGAUUACAUUCGACAGUUGCACGAAAGAGCCGUCUCAGUCAUCGUCAAGGCAUGGAGAGCGCACCAUUGCCACGAAUCUUAUCAGUCUUUUAAGAAAUCAGUCAUUUCGUUUCAGGCUAUUAUAAGAUCUCGUUUGACACGCAGAUAUCUUAUUAGGCUACGUGACAGUGCAGAGAGAGCUGCCUUGUUAAAGGAACGAAAACAACAACUUACAGAUGAAGUUACAACUAUUUUCAGAAAACUUGGUUUAAUUGAGAAGAGCCUUUCGGAGUCAACGAUGAACGUUAAAAGCAUGCUUAAAUCAUUGUCUCACUGGACUACUUUCGCGAAUGGUCAAGACAUUCCUUCAAGCACUGAAUACCGUCAACACGUCAGCGCACACGAAGGUGGUCCUUUGGCGGAUUUAGUGCAGUCUGAAGUCCAAAUGAAACAGCUGUUAGAGCAACUGUCUGUGGCUUGUUACCAAACAGAACAUGUAAAUAGCGAAGUAUCUCAAGUGAGAAAUUCUUUAGAAACACAUGCGAAACUUCUUGAAUCUGCUAGCAAGCAACCGAUCGUCUCAUCUUUGACUACAGAUCUACCAAGUCGGAGGCACUUUUUCCUCCGACGAGCGUACUAUACAUACUCUCGCAUAUUAGAUUCCGUUUUUCAGCGAAUGAAGCAAAACUCCAACCCUAAUGCCAAAAUCUACCCUGUUGAAACUCGUGACUUUCUAACCUCAGUACUCAAGUCUCAUUCAUUGAAAGAACCAUUUAAGGAGCAAAUUAAGCAAGUGCUUUGCGAAUAUCCCAUAUCAACUCUCAUAUCGAAGUUUUCGAAGCAAUCCGACAAAGAUUCCCAAACGGCACUACUCUUUGCUGGCACUUGUAAUUUCUUAAUUUACGCUGCGGUUCGUUUGUCGCUCUCAGAAGAGCUUGAUACUUUUUUCUUUGAGUUUUCCACUGCAUUUCGAUCUCUUCUUGUUUCAGUUGGUGAUUCUUCUGAAACAAAAGAAAAGACGAAUCAGAAGAAACAAAUUAGUCGUCUGGCUAACUGGGUUGCUACCAUCUUCAAUAUUCGUUCACUUUUAUCCUACCUUAUAAAAAAGUCGAUGUAUUACUCGGAUUCUAAAGGAAAAGAAGUCUACAAAAAGAUAUGUUUCUGCAAAACAAAGUUUGAGCUUCUGGAAGUUGAAGCUCUCCAAAUUUUGCUUCAACGAAUACGUUCAGCUACAAAGAAUGCAACAGCGGUGUUGCUGCAAUUACAAAUGCUAGAAGAGUUUAAGGAUUCAUCCGAUACGUCCAACAUCAAUAAACACGAUAGGCGCAGUGUCCAGGAAUUCAUUAAAACACUUAGUGGAAUACAGAAAGCUCUACAGUCGUCUUCUUUGACUCCUGAAUUUGUCAAUUUUCUCUUUUCCGCAACCAUCCAAGACAUUGGCACUUCAGCAUUCCGUAGUAUGCUCAUGAAUGCUAGUCGUUUGACAUGGAAACGAGGAGCUCAGAUUGCAUUUAAUGUUACCUUGUUGAAGGACUGGUGUCAUCACCAUAAUAUGGGUGAUGCUAGUAUCCAUUUAAUGCCUUUGUUACAAGCCACAUCCGUUUUAAGUCUCCGCAAGCGAACCGAAUCAGAUUUGAAGAUGAUUUUGAGUGUCUGUUGUUAUCUAACAUCAGAGCAGAUUUAUGUACUCCUCUGCAAUUACUCAAAAUCCAAUUCAGAACCGGAGUACACUCAAGAUUUUAUACAGGCCCGUGAAAAAUUAAUCUCGAUUGAUAAUAAGGGUGAUGCAUUGACAGCCGCUUUAAAAACAAUUGGAUCACCCAACAAUACGCUCGAGUUACUACCCGCAACAAGCAACUCAUUCAUUGAACUUCAACCAAAUGAAGUUUACGACACACUUGGUUUAUCACAACUAUUUAAUUCAAAGUGACAUUAGAAUUCUUACAAAGUUUUCGUGGAGACUGGCAUAAUUAUCAACAAAAGGAACCAGAAUAAUUCCUCGCACGAAGAGCAUGUAUUUUAGUUAUGUGCUAAUGAAUGAAUACAUACUCAUUAUUUUGCAUCGUUUAUCUUCAUUACUUCUAGCAUACUGUCCUUCUCUGUGUUUUUUGUGAGUCGACAAUAAUACAUUCGUCGUCUACAUUUGUCUCACCAAAAGUAGAAUGAUUCAAGACUUGAGAACCCGAGAUCGCAUAGAGCUUCAUUAAUGUUCGUUGUAUUUCAACAAAAGGGUGAGGGAUGGACGAUAGUACCUCAAAUGUGAAAAAUCUGUUAGAGGUAUUUGUUUUGAGUUGGGCAAACGGCAGUUCGAUUUUGGAAUUAUCGUUGUAAAAUACCAAACCCGCAGUCUCGAAUCCUCUCUCGUCAAUGAAAUGAGCUCCAGUCCGGUAUC